GGCCUGAACUUCAGGUUAGAUGUAGAACUAAUACAGAACUAUGCCUGCUACAAGACACUUGUCGAUUUUAUACAGACACUUGUAUAAAAGUUCAUAGUAAGCCAAUCCUAAUCCCUCAAUUGUAUCAUACAUGCGGAGAGACGCUAAAAAAUGCUUAGUCAGCAAGUUUCGCCCGAUUGUGUUUAAGCUCGCCCGCGUGACGUCAUUGCAUAUAAUUAUGACGUAUGUUAAUGAGUGACGUCACUACGCACCCUCAUUUGUAUGAAUAUUAAUUAUAAAUGAGGUGGUGGACACCCACCACCACACACCACCACACACCACUACACACCACCACAACCACCACCACACACCACCACAAAAAUCCGGCCCGAUCGGUACCUAUAUUACUACUGAUGGUAAAAGAGAAUUUAUCAUCGCGAAACGUUUGUGUUGGGGAUGCUUGGAAUGGGGCCACCUGAACAGUAAGAAAGAUAUGCAAGGUUUGCAGUGAAGCACACCCAACUUCUCUUCACGGAGAUAAUCGGAAGUGAAGAUCGAAAUUGGCAACGAAAUCGAAAGACAAUUCUUCGAAAUCGAAAGACGAUUCUUCGAAACCGAGACAAGAACCGAAUAAAGUCAAAGACAGUUCGAAUGAAGAUUCAACCAUAUCCAACUGCAUUGAAGUUUGUAAAACGAACACGUACAGUGGGUCAAUCUCACAUUCCCUCAUUGUUCCUGUUUGGCUGCAUCAUAAAACCAACCCGAAUCACAAAAUUAUGGCAUACGCGCUUUUGGAUGAACAGUCAGAUGCGUGCUUCGUUAAGGACUCUGUCCUGGAUGAAGUAGGAGUCGAUGGUCCUGAAGUUAAACUCGAGAUUUCAACAGUAUUGGCACGAGAAACCGUAAACAGUCGAAAGAUCGCUGGUUUAACAGUUCGUGGUGUUAACGAGGCGAGUGAAAUUACCCUCCCUGGAACGUACGCCCGAGAGGUAAUCCCAGCAAGACAUGGACAGAUUCCUAGACCAGAAUCGGCCCGGAAAUGGUCACACUUGGAGAAGAUCUCUGCGUUUUUGAUGCCAUUCCGAAACGAUGUGGUGGUUGGACUCCUCAUUGGCACAAAUUGCGCACGAGCGAUCAAACCACGUGAAAUCAUACCUGGUAAUGAUGAUGACCCUUACGCGAAAAGGGCUGCACUUGGCUGGGGAAUCGUUGGCAUUGUCGAAGCGAAGGUAAAUGAAGAAUCCGACGAGAAUUACAUUGUUGUGAAUCGAGUCAUCACACACGAAGCCAAUGUUGGUCCAGACAGAAGGAUUUGUCAUUUGGCCUUGAGAGCACAGGUCAAGGAGAUUAUGAACCCGAGUAUGUUUAAUCAAAUGUUCGAGUUAGAUUUCAGUGAACGAAGGAAAGAAGAACAACCUCUUUCCUACGAAGAUAAGAUGUUCAUUAAGAAGGUUAAGAAAGGAAUCCAUCAACGUGAAGAUGGCCAUUAUGAAAUACCCCUACCUUUCAAAGAUGACGAAGUGAAGCAGCCCAAUAACAAUAGUCAGGCAUUGGGCCGUCUUUCAAAGCUGAAGCAACGAUUCCUGAGAGACAAGAAAUAUCAAACCGACUACUUGACAUUUAUGAAUGGAAUCAUUGCUAGUAACUACGCCGAACUUGUUCCUCAGGAAGAGAUGAAAUUGGACGAUGGUCGAAUUUGGUAUCUACCGCACCAUGGUGUCUAUCAUCAUAGAAAACCUGACAAGAUAAGAGUAGUCUUUGACUGUAGUGCUGUAUACAAAGGACAAUCCCUAAAUCAAAAUCUAUUACAGGGACCUGACCUUACAAACAGUCUGCUGGGUGUUCUUUGUCGUUUCCGCCAAUAUAACACUGCUUUCAUGUGCGAUCUCGAGGUUAUGUUCCACCAAGUGAUGGUGAAUGUCAACGAUCGAAAUUUCCUUCGUUUCCUAUGGUGGAAGGAUGGUGAUUUGGACAACGAACCAAUUGUGUACCGAAUGACAGCGCACUUAUUUGGAGCAACUACGUCACCUGGUUGCGCCAACGUUCAGGGCUGCAUAAAAUAUUUUAUUUUCUGGGACCACAAAGCCAAUGAAAAUAUUUUCUGCAAGCAAAUGCUUAGUCUGCGAUAGCAGACCUCCUUUUGACCACAUCCCUCAGGAGUGGAAGCAAAACAGUCUGCGAUCAUUCAAUACAUUUUGUGCAUAGUGACGUAACACAUUCAUUGCAUAAUUACAAUGUUAGUAGUAUGCGUAAUUUGAUGAUCAUGCGCCAAGAAUGUAAAAUCAUGGAGGAAUUCAGAUCGAAUUUCUUAUUUCUUGCCUGUUGUGUUAUGUAAUACUGCAAGAUUCAAAAGAUCGAUAUGCUGUGAAUGGAAAGAGUUCUUUCAACAUUCUCGGGUCUGUAAAAAGUAUACAAUGGAAUGGCGAUGUAGCUGAAAAUUUGUAUGUACGUUGAACAUGCCUGUUGUGUCUGAAAAAAAGAUUAAUAUGGAACAUGCACACGCUAAAUGUUUGUCCUAGUUUAUAAUGCAGAAUUAUUAUUUUGGAAUUAUUCGGUGUCGUUCACCCUUGAGAGGUUUGUAGAAACCUACCUUGGCUUUCGCGGACACUCAAUCACUAAUUUCCCUCGUAUCAUGGUAUUAUUUAUAAUAAAUUCAGUUUUGUAAUUAAAUUACUCUAUUGUUUCUAUGCAUAUUGUCAAGUUACUUCCGGUAUAAACACCUGGUGCCUGUGUUACUUGCAUGUCACAAACAUUACUAGUUCACUACCUACAGCUAAUUAAUAACUUAUGUCAAUUUUUCACAUUUUCUUCCUUUCUGUUCUUCCAUUCUUUCUUUCUUUCUCUUUACUUUUUUCUGUUGAGACUUUUAUGUUUUACCCCUCCAUUUUUUUCUGCCAACCUCAAAAAUUUUCUGGGACCAAUGGUCCCACGGUCCGCUAUAUUAUGCAGCCCUGCCAACGUUGGUCUAAAGACGACAGCCGAUGACUACGAAAGAUAAUGUGGUAGCCAAGCAGCCAAUUUUGUGAGAGAUAAUUUUUAUGUUGACGACGGAUUAAAGUCUGUUUCCACGCCCACCGAUGCUAUCGAUCUAAUCCAGAAGGCCAAAACGCUAUGCAAGAAAGGAGGCUUUCGUCUUUACAAGAUAAUCUCGAACAGUAAGGAAGUCAUUGAAGCAAUUCCCCCCGAAGAACGGGCGAAAGGCAUUCAAGACCUGGAUCCAACUCGUGAUGCCCUUCCAAUUGAGAGAGCCCUGGUAGUCCAAUGGUGCGUGGAAUCUGAUACUCUUAAAUUUCGGAUUGAAUUGGCUGACCGACCACCUACAAGAAGAGGCAUCUUGUCAACAGUGAGUUCUGUGUUUGACCCCUUGGGAGUCCUUGCUCCGUUCGUGCUAAUUGGAAAGAGAAUCCUUCAAGAGUUAUGUAGAGAUGGAGAGAAUUGGGAUGACAAGAUUCCAGAUUAUCUGUUGUCGAGAUGGGAAAGAUGGAUAAACGACGUAGUACUCUCAGCAAAACUAAGUAUCACUCGUUGCUAUGUACCAGUCGACUUUGGAGAAAUCAAAGUAGUGGAAAUGCAUAACUUCUCGGACGCAAGUCAAAUUGGUUACGGACAGUGUUCCUAUUUGAGGCUCGUUGAUCAUCUGGGUCCGAUUCAUUGUUCGUUGGUAUUGGCGAAAUCUCGAGUGGCACCGUUGAACCUUGUAACAAUUCCUCGUUUAGAGCUUACUGCUGCGUUGGUGACAGCGAAAGUCGGGGUGUUAUUGAAAAGGGAGUUAGAGUACGAGCAAGUCAAUGAGUUCUUUUGGUCCGAUAGUAAAGUCGUACUUGGGUACAUUUUGAACAGUGCGCGUCGUUUCCAUGUCUUCGUCGCAAACAGAAUUGAACAGAUUCGUGACCUCACUUCAUUUGUUCAAUGGAGAUAUGUAGAGUCGAAUGAAAAUCCAGCUGAUUAUGCUUCCCGUGGUCUUUAUGCUCAAGACUUAAUUGACAAGAAAGAGUGGUGGCAUGGACCCGAUUUUCUUUGGACCAAUUUUGACACACAGAGUAGGUGUAAUCGAGAACGCAGUCGCUGUUUCUUCAGAUGACCCCGAAGUGAGAAAGACUACCUCACUUGUCACUGAGGUCAAGGAACUAGCAGACAUUGAAGAACGUUUGCGUCGUUUUUCUAGUUGGUAUCAAGCCAAGAGAGGUUUUUCGUUUUCUCUUCGUCUUAGAAAGAGCCUUACAAAUCAGCUGCGUCAGAAGAGUUCGUCAGCCUCUGAUGGUAACAAGCCAGAGCGGAAAGAAAUCGAACAUGACGGACAAACAAAUCCCAUUAGUAAAUAUUUGAAACAACUAGUGAAUAAAGGCAUCAAGGCUACCAGGCAAGAAAAGUUGUCCUACAAGCCAGUAAACGUUGAUGAACUCCAGGAUGCUGAAUGCGAAAUCAUCAGGAUUGUUCAGAACAAAGCAUUCGAUGAUGAGAUUACUUUAUUACGUCAUCAGGAUCCCUUCCUCCGGAGAUGUUCGAAACCAAGUCAGAAAAACUGUGAAAAAAUCGAGUUCAAUUUAUCAACUAGAUCCGUUCCUUGGUAAAGAUGGUAUUCUGCGUGUGGGUGGCCGAAUCAGACGCGCAAGUAUUCCUGAGAACGUUAAGCACCCAUGUACCCUUCCAAGAAAAGGCCAUGUGACCGAGUUAGUUAUCUGUCACCAUCAUCAGAAGAUUGCACACCAAGGACGCGGAAUGACGCAUAAUAACAUCAGAUCGUCCGGAUUCUGGAUCAUCGGUGGACGAUCAGCCGUCGCCAGUCACAUUUCAAAGUGCGUAAAGUGCAGAAAACUUCGUGGUUCAUUGCAGGAACAGAAAAUGGCAGAUCUGCCAGCAGAUCAUCUGGACCCUGCUCCAACCGGUCGACUAUUUUCGACCUUGGCUAAUUAAAGAAGGACGCCGACAAGUUAAGAGAUAUGGAGUCUUAUUCACUUGUUUGGCAUCGCGAGCCAUUCAUUUAGAGACAGCCAACAGUCUGGAUACUAGUUCCUUUUUAAACGCCUAUCGUCGGUUUAUUGGACGUCGGGGUCCAGUGCGGCACCUGAGAUCAGAUCGAGAUACUAACUUUGUUGGCUGCAAGAAUGAACUGAAAGAAGCACUGAUGAACAUUGAAAUUAUUGGAAGAAAAUUGUGACUGGAUUGAAUUCCGAAUGAAUGUACCGCAUGCGAGUCACAUGGGUGGCGUCUGGGGGCGUCAAAUACGGACUGUACGAAACGUUUUGACAGUUUUACUGGACAACCAUGGAACCAUUGUGGACGACGAGUCAUUGCGAACCUUCAUGGUGGAAGCCGAAGCGAUUGUAAAUAGCCGACCGCUUACCACUGAAAAUCCAGACCACCUUGAACCUCUAACUCCUAACCACUUGCUGACGAUGAAGAGCAAAGUCAUUCUACCUCCUCCUGGAAACUUUCAGGGUGCAGACACUUAUUCGAGAAAAAGAUGGCGUCGGGUUCAGUAUCUGAUUAACGAGUUUUGGUACCGUUGGAGAAACGAAUUUAUUCAAUCCUUACAAGUACGGCAAAAAUGGAUGCGUCCCCGAAAGAAUCUUAAGAUUGGAGAUGUGGUCAUUGUCAAGGAUAUAGAUACGCCUUGCAACCGAUGGGAGCUCGCAAGAAUUGUAGAGACAUAUCCCGAGAAUGACGGACUCGUUCGAAAGGUCAAAAUCGCCUUAGCUGACAGUACUUUAGACGACCAAAGAAGACGAAAACGACCUAUUUCCUAUUUAGAUCGACCUGUUCAGAAAUUGGUUCUCCUCCUGUCCAGAGAUGAGUAUGAAGACCGGGGAGUCCCCGACGAGGAGCCAUGUGUAAAGCCAGGAUCAUACAUACAUACAUUUAAAACUUUAUUUAAACCACGCUAGCCUCAACAGCCGUUGGAAGGCUGGUUUCCAUGAGGGGCGUGAAAUUACCUAUUUACAAGAAGUUAACUAUAUACAAGAAAUACAAAAUAUAACAAAGUAAAAAAAUACAAGUGAUUUUAGCUGCACGAUUACACACAAGCAAAUUUCAACUCAUUCUUUGUUUCAAUAUCGACUUGAAAUUAGGGAUUCAGCAAUUUUUGCCUCAUGGGGAAGAUUAUUCCAAUGCAAGGCACCAUUAUAACUGAAGCACCUCUUGCCGAAUUCUUUUUUCGGCAUAGGUGGUGCUAAAUCAGUAUCCCUAUUUCUAAGAUUGUAAGUAUUAUGUCUUUCAUUAUUAAAAUGAAAUGCUUCUUUAAGAUUGGGUGCGGUGUGGCCAUUCAAAAUUUUAUAGACGAAAGUAGAUUUAAGAUAAUUUCGUCUUUCUUCUAGAGGUUUCCAAUAUAGAUUAUUGACUACUCAGAUGACCGAAUAUCGUAAGUUGCCCCAGUAAUUACUCUUGCAGCACGAUUUUGGUAUUUUUGCAACUUAUCUUUGAGCCCAAUUCCACAAUUAUCCCACAACGGGCUGCAAUAAUCGAAAUAAGGCUGUAUAAUAGCAUUAUAUAGCAUUUUGGUUGUCGACAGUGGUACAAAAGGUUUAACACGUCUCAUUGCACCAAUACAGGCACCAACUUUAGAACAGAUUGAGUCAAUAUGUUUAUCCCAAGACAACCUUUCGUCCAUAGUCACGCCAAGGCAUGAAUAUUUAUUAAUCCUGGGUACUAGCUUAUUAUUAAUUAAAAUAGGAUUACCAGAUACUUUAUUCUUAAGGUCAUAGGGAGAUCCAAUGAACAUAUGUUUCGAUUUACUGGCGUGGAUUUCAAGUUUAUUGUGUAUCAUCCAUUUGCGUAUGUUUUCGAGAUCAAUAUUUACCCUGUCGACAAGGUCGGCGCAGUCAUUAGAAGGUGCAUAAAUUUCCGGGUCAUCAGCAUAGAGUGAAGGAGUUAAGUGACUUAACGAGUCAGGCAUAUCAUUUAUGUAUAAUAAAAAUAAUAGAGGACCAAGGAUGGACCCCUGUGGAACUCCGCAUAUUAUCUUUUUUGGGCUCGAUAGUUGUCCGUUUAUAAGACAUUGUUGAACUCUGUUAUUCAGGUAUGAUUCGAACCAUCUUAGUCGGUUUCCUGUUACUCCGAAAAAAUUACACAUUUUAUCAAUCAGAAUUUCAUGAUUUAUGGAGUCGAAGGCUUUUCUAACAUCAAGCAAGACUAUACAAUUUAUUUGACCACUAUCCAUGUUUUUAAGUAAAUUAUGCGACACAUUUGUAUCAACGCAGACAGGGUUGAGUGUUUAGGUCUAAACCCUGAUUGGAAUUUAGAAAGUAAUGAGUUAUUGGAAAGAUAGCCAUAAAGCUGUCGAAAAACCUCUCUCUCAAAAACUUUACUUACAAUGGGGAGUAUGGAAAUUGGCCUAUAAUUUUCACAUUUCCGUCGAUCUUCAGAUUUGUAUAUUGGAAUUACUCGC